AUGCCAAGCGCUUCGACGCCCUCCUCAACGAGCUCGACGAGCAUCAGCGCAGCGACGGCGGCCAUGGUGCCCUCUGCGGCCAAUUCGGGUUCUUCAUCCUCUUCCUCCGCCUCAUCCUCCGCUUCAGUCAGUCAGGCAAACUCGCCCAGCGAAGUGCCACCGCCCAUUGCCCCUCCAUCUGCCGUCGCACCCACAUCUUCAUCAUCGGCGGCUGCAGCAGCUUCAGCAGCCUCGGCAACUUCAGCACCUUCAGGCAGCAACAGCAGCGCCACCACCACCACUACCACCACAAUGAGCCAACCACCGCCCAGAACCUCUUCCGGUUCCGGCGGCAGUGGCGCUCCCUGCUGCGAAACGGGCCGCCCCAUCAUGACGGACCCGACCACCGGACAGACCAUCUGCAGCUGCCAGUACGACGCCCACAUUCUCAACUACCAGCGCCUGGUGGCCGCCGCCGGCCUGUCGCCCUUCAUGUACCCGGCAGCGGCGGCUGCAGCGGCUGCCGCCGCCUACGGCGCCACCGGCGGAACGCCCGGCGCCACGACGCCCAACGGCAGCACCACAGGCGGAACUGGAGGACCAUCAACUGGAGCGACAGCAGGCGGACUUCCG